CGUAAGCGACUUCUAGAUAUAAUCUUUGCCCCUUCAAGGACAAACAUAUGCGGCCUGCUUACUACCAUUUUCCUAUGAAGCUACUUCGUGGGGUCUUUUUGAUGGCUGACUCCUAAUGUUGUAGAUGGAACCUGGCCCUGACGGCGAGAUCAUGCUCGGAGAUAUGCUUGUCGCCCCUCGUUGCGCGAUCCAAACGUGACUCCAACCUCAACAGGAUAUGUACAGGGCUCGAGGAAAGAGUGAAGUCCACCCGAGACAGGCAAAUGGCCGUGGCUUAUUCGCUUGCUGGCCCUCUGAAAAAAACAACGCGAUGGUUAACUAUGGUCGAACGAAGCAUCUUCCAUACUCUGUUUCCGCUAUGGCAAAAAAGACCACUGUAUCGAAGCGAAGCUGAAAGCAAAGAACCUCCAAUCGAAAGAUCUGUUGAAGCAGCUACGGUUCUGCACCGUCUCGUGGAGGAACAGGGACCCUGGCAUGCCAUCAACAACGAGAUGCACAUGGAGCUACUCGUGCUCCGGCAGAACUGCACUCGUAUUGCUGACGACCUUAGCAAGCUAAACAUGUACUAUGGCCUGGCUCUUGCCAGCGCUGGGCAGCAGGACGGCGGGCAACACGGCGGUGACGGCCUCGAUGAGGCCACGCGUGUGCCAGAGGUGCAGCACAUCCAGCUGCUGAUCUCAGCGAUCGACGACCUAUGCCGGCACCUCGAACGCCUCGGGCAGGCUCUUGCUUACCUGCGUGAGCUGCCAUGGGCACGUGCACGCCACGCACACACAUGGCGGGGGCUGGAGGUCGAAAAGUCGGCGGAUGGCGUGCCCUUCACAACUCGCAUCAUGCUGCCUGAACCAUCGCGCAUGUAUUACAACGUUGUAGAUCGUCUCAAAGCAAUGUCGAGUGAGGGCGACAAGAUGAUGGAGACCUGGAAUGGUAUCAGGGCUGCCGAUUCAAGACUGGCCGCCUGUUUGAAAGAAGAAGGACGUCUGCACAUGAGCCGCCUGAAUUAUUGUAUCAGUGAGUACGCAGUCGUCGAGACACGGGACUGGCGUCCAGAAGGAGAAGAAGCGGACGCAUCUGCGCAGGCCUCGCGUCUCGUGGACUUAUUGUAG